AAACAGUUGAACACAGAUUGCACAUGUGCUGUGAGCCGAGUACUAAAGAGCGCGUAAAAUGCCCUGGUUGAUAAUCCCAUCGAUCGAACAGGAUAGCAGAAGAACCAUGAAACGACUUGAGAUGCGGGGACAGAACAAAAACAAGGACUUCAAGAAACAACUAAACUGCAGAGGAAAACUUCAACCUGGUGAAACUCAACUUUGGUCUCAAUCGCUCGAGAAUCUGCUGACAUCUAAAUAUGGAAUGGCAGCUUUCCAGGCUUUCCUCAAGUUAGAGUUCAGCUAUGAGAACAUUGAGUUUUGGUUGAUCUGUGAGGAAUACAAGAAAAUCAGGAGUUCCCGUCUCAUAUCCAAGGCCAAGAAGAUAUUUGAGUGUUACAUUGAAGCUAAUGCUCCCAAAGAGAUUAACAUUGACCAUCAGACCAGAGACCACAUCAGGGAAAAUGUGAGGACCCCCAACAUAUCCUGUUUCGAUGAGGCCCAGAAGAUUGUGUACAGGCUCAUGGAGAAGGACUCCUACCCCAGGUUUCUGCGCUCUGACAUUUACAACUCUCUGAUUGCCUCAGCCUGAGGCCUGGUCAAGCUGAGGACAUGUGUCCUGCCUCAAGUAAUUGGACGAUGGCUUCUACACAGAGCACUAUGUGGACUUACCAGAAACCCCAGAGAUGCCAAAAAAGAAGGAUUAUUUUCUUAAUAUUCUUUUUUGCGGUUGAAGAUGGAACAGACUGAAGGAAGUAUGCACAGUAGAGUGGGAACUGCUGUUAGAAACACUUUUACCCGGCUAUCUGCUGAUCUGUGAAUCAGAUGUGUGCGUACACUUUUUCAGAGCUGACUCAGUCACCAUAGCACAGUCUGCAGAGUGGUUGUGGGCGCAUGGGACUUUGUGUGCAAAAUCUUAGGGGAACUUUAGACAGGAUACUGUGUCAGUUUCACAGAUAAACAAAAAGCCUUUUGCUCUUCCAGCAGGUGACAUCAGAACUCAAUACACAUUUGGCUAUGCAACACAUUUCUGAAGUUAUUGUCAUUUUGAGAUUGAUAACUCCAUUAUGAAACAUAAAAUGUGCCUUUAGGCAAGAUUAUGAUAUUGUACAAAUGUUGUACUACUGUACAUACUUUUAUCAUAACCCUUAACCCUUAAAGGAGUACCGUCACACCGGUGUGACGGGAAUGUUGGGAAAUUAACAUUCGAAAGAAUA